AUGAGUGCCUCCAAGGCGCAGUCUCAAAAGAUCUUUGAGAAGCUGAAGCUGAAGCCUGCAAAUAAGCUAUGCUUUGAUUGCGGAUCUAAGAAUCCGACAUGGUCGUCUGUCCCCUUCGGAAUCUACCUCUGCCUUGAUUGCUCUGCCCAUCAUCGUAAUCUUGGUGUCCAUAUCUCCUUUGUUCGCUCCACGAAUCUCGACCAGUGGCAAUGGGAACAACUGCGGGUGAUGAAAGUUGGUGGAAACGAGUCUGCCACGAAGUACUUUCAGUCCCAUGGGGGAUCCGCCGCGCUGGCGAGCAAGGACCCCAAGGUCAAGUAUGAAUCCAAUGCAGCUGUCAAGUAUAAGGAUGAGUUGAAAAGACGGGCUGCGGCGGAUGCGCAACAGUACCCCGAGGAAGUUAUCAUCACCGAUAUCCCUGCUGGCACCCCAUCGGAUGGCUCAGGUACCCCAGCCGGUGACCAAGAAGAUGAUUUUUUCUCGUCGUGGGAUAAGCCCUCGAUCAAGCGUCCGAGCAACCCCCCUUCCCGUACUGGAACGCCACCCGUCGUGAGCCGAACUGGAUCCCCCUUCCUGAAUGCCGGUGCCAGCUCAAACGGAUCCCGAUCGAAGUCACCUCUCUCUGCCUCUGAAGAAAAGACAGCAUCGCCUGCGCCCACCGCUAUCCGCCCUAGCUCCGCUACCCGAAAGACUGCAGGCACUGGUGCCGCGAAGAAGGGCAGUUUGCUUGGAGCCAAGAAGGCGCCCAAGCUUGGUGCUAAGAAGGUGGUCUCCAACGACAUUGAUUUCGAUGAGAUGGAACGUAAAGCUAAGGAGGAAGCGGAACGUAUUGAGAAACUUGGUUACGACCCCGACGCCGAACAAGCUGAGGCAGAUGCCAAGGCUGCUUCUUCCACUGCAGCAAUCACUUCUCCUACUCCGAUUAGUCCGAGUCGAGCCGGGUUCGGUGCCACUAAUAAGACCCACGAACGUAACUCGAGUGACGUUGAGCGACUGGGAAUGGGUAUGGGAAGGCUUGGCUUCGGACAAGUAUCCAAGCCAGCGGCCCCCAAGAAGCUUGGCUUUGGUGCUGUUGCGCCCGCCAAGUCCAAUGUCGAUGACGAGGAACUGGCCCAGACCCGGACUCGUUUCGGCACCCAGAAGGGUAUUUCCUCCGAUGAGUUCUUCGGGCGAGACCGCUUCGACCCCAAUGCUCAAGAGGAAGCCAAGCAGCGCCUUCGGGACUUUGACGGUGCGACCUCGAUCUCCAGCAAUGCGUAUUUCGGCCGGCCCGAUGAUGACCUUCCUGCAAUUGAUGAUGGAUAUGGAGACCUCGAGAAUGCGGCGAAGGACUUUGUUCGCCGCUUCGGUAUCACUGCCGGAGACGAUCUCGAGAACCUGUCACACCUCGUUGGCGAGGGUGCGACAAAGCUGCAAGGUGCUAUCCGCAACUAUCUGAACAGUUAA